AUGGCCAGCACCAACGAGGCCACCGUCAUCCACAUGGACGACACCACCGGCAAGGCACCGGUCACGGCCGCGCCACCGCCAGGAGCCGCACCCGCGCCGGUGCAGCAGCAGCAGCAGCGCAAGUCCGGCGGCGGCGUGCCGUUCAUCCUGCGCAGCGGCGCCGAGGGCUUCCGGCGCUGCAUGGCCUUCGUGGACCUGCUGCUCAGGGUGGCGGCCUUCGGGCCCACGCUCGCGGCCGCCAUCUCCACGGGCACCUCCGACGAGACGCUCUCCGUCUUCACCGAGUACUUCCAGUUCCGCGCCAGGUUCGACGACUUCCCGGCCUUCACCUUCUUCAUGGUCGCCAACGCCGUCGCCGCGGGGUACCUGGUGCUGUCCCUCCCCUUCUCCAUCGUGGGCAUCAUCCGGCCAAAGGCGACCGGCGUCAGGCUGCUGCUGCUCGUCUGCGACACGGUGAUGGUGGUGCUGGUGACGGCCGCUGCGUCUGCGGCGGCGGCCAUCGUGUACGUGGCGCACGAGGGGAGCCGGCGCGCCAACUGGGCGCCCAUCUGCAUGCAGUUCCACGGCUUCUGCCAGCGCACCAGCGGCGCCGUCGUCGCCUCCUUCCUCGCCGUCCUCGUCUUCAUCCUCCUCGUCCUCCUCUCCGCCUGCGCGAUCCGCAGACACCGCUAGGC